AUGUUCAAGUGUUACAGUUGUGGAGGGGCAAAUCUUAACAAAGAUUAUCCAAAUAGAAAUAUUGGAGCUUGUUUUCGUUGUGGUCAGAAGGGCCAUUUUCUCAAAGAUUGUCCCCAAGGACAAAACCAACCAACAAGCCAGAAGAGUGUCCUAAUAAACAAUAACAAUGUAGGGAGAGCAAGGAACGGAGGCCCAAAUGUUGGUCAAGGACCUCAGAAUCAGAACAAGCCAACCACAGGAAGAGUAUUUGCAAUUAGAGGAGUUGAGAUCUCCAAGUCAGAUGGGUUAAUCCAAGGUAUGUAUCUAAUUGGAGAUAAGUUGGUAUCAUUAUUAUACGAUUCAGGAGCUACACAUUCAUUUAUAUCUACAUCUUGUGCGGAAAUUUUGGGAUUUGAAAUUGUUGAUCUCAAUAAUAAGUUGACCAUUACAACUCCCUCGGGAGAAAGAAUGGUAACUUGUUCAGUCUGUGCAGACUGCCCUGUAAUUUUAGAAAAUAGAAGAUUCUUAGUAGAUCUUAUAGUACUCCCGCUAAAAGACCUAGAUGUCAUCUUAGGAAUGGAUUGGUUAUCAGCCAACGAUGUAAACUUAGGGUGCAAGAAGAAAAUUUUAACGUUUGGAGAAGAUAAUGGAGAAGUCAUAAAGGUGGAAACUCUCACCCAAAAAUUUAUGAUGUUAUUCUCUAUGUCAGAAGGAGAAACCCCUAGUGUUGAAAAUCUUCCAGUGGUCUGUGAAUUCCCGGAAGUUUUUCCAUAA